UGUGAAGAAUUCCAGCUGCCAAAUCAAAUUGGCCGCUCUCGCGUCUCAGAAGAUCGGCAGUAACGACAGUCGCUAAGAAAACAACAGAAUAUCUUAUACAACACAAAAAGCGACAGAAACUCGAGCGUUGUGCGGGUGUGUACAUUUACUGUGACGAUGCAACGUGUGCGUUAUGUCUCUUCUUUACCGAUUCGCUCGUUUUCGACAUUCGGUCGUCUGAAGAGUAGUAGAGCGCAGAUUAUUGACGGAAAGAAAGUCGCAAGUUCUGUGCGGCAGAUUUUGGCGGAGGGCGUAGAGCGUGAGAAGUCUCGGAACAGUGCUUUUCUACCGUUUCUAGCAAUAGUUCAGGUUGGUAAUCGUGAGGAUUCCAAUGUGUAUGUUAGAAACAAGAUUAGAGCUGCUGAACAGAUUGGUAUGAAAGCCGAGCACAUUCGCUUGCCGAAUACUGCAAGUCAGUCAGAUGUCGUGAACCAAAUUGAAGAUCUCAAUCAAAACCCUGCAAUCCAUGGCAUGCUGUUGCAGUUGCCACUUGACACAACAUCUCCCAUUGACUCUGGACUUUGCACGCAGGCAAUUCAUCCAGCAAAGGAUGUUGACGGAUUGCACACAGACAAUGCUGGCAAGCUUGCUCAUGGAGAGCUACAACGAUGCAUUAUUCCCUGCACACCGCGUGGCUGCCUUGAAUUGAUCAAAAGCACAGGUGUUGAAGUUACUGGGAAACGUGCUGUUGUUAUUGGCCGCAGUAAAAUAGUUGGGUCUCCAAUGAGCAGUCUGUUAUUGUGGAAUCACGCAACUGUCACUACUUGCCAUUCAAAAACCAAAGAUCUUGCAGGAGUGUGUUCAGAAGCAGAUAUUCUCAUUGCUGCUGUUGGAAAGGCACAGCUUGUUAAGGCUGGUUGGGUUAAACCCGGAGCCGUUGUUAUUGAUUGUGGAAUCAAUGCAGUAGAUGGUCGCCUGAUUGGUGAUGUUGACUUUGAGAGUGUUAAGGAAGUUGCAUCCUGGAUUACUCCAGUACCCGGAGGAGUCGGUCCAAUGACAGUAGCGAUGCUUCUACAGAAUACAUUUGAAAGUGCUAAACGGUUUCAAGCAUCUAAUUCCGGUUAGGUUGCAUUUGCAAGUGAUUUUUGUACAAAUAUAUGAAAGACACA